AUGAAGCCGACCAGCAAGACAACGCAAGAUGGAUAUUCGUGGACCAGGGCAACUGGAAUCCGAGAGGGUAGCCUUCAUUGCAGAGGCGUGGUAGAACCGCCGCAGAAGAUAACCACGCCGGCCGGACAUGUCCACGACGCAAUUGUCAUUGGAGCCGGCUAUGCAGGACUCAUGGCUGCCCGUGAUAUGACAGACCAGGGCCUUUCGGUGCUAAUGCUGGAGGCUCGAGAUCGAGUUGGAGGCCGAGCGUAUACGGUGGAGGAAGACGGUAUUUUGUACGAGAUGGGUGGGACAUGGGUUACGCAUCAUAUGGCAUAUCUGUUCAAAGAGAUGGUGCGCUACAAGAUGGAUCGUGAUCUUCUUCUCACCCAGCACCAUGAGUAUGAGAAUGACUACUACACUCUUAAUGUGCCUGGCACGCCCCCUCGAAAGCUCUCUCACGAGGAAGCAGGAAAACUCACCGGCCGAGCCUGGGAUAUCUUCGUCAACGUAGACGGCCACAACUGUCGCCAGGUCUGCCCACUGCCUCACGCCCAACUCGACAAUAUCCACGUCGACCGGAAGGAGGUAGAACAGCUGGAUAAGCUCUCCUGCCGCGAGCGGUUCGAGCAGGUGAAACACCUCCUAACACGCGAGGAAGCCGGUCUCCUCGUCGCCUUGCUGCUGCACAUUUCAGGCGGAACCAUGGAGACCUCCAGCCUGUGGGACAUGGUGCGCUCUCACGCACUCAUGUCGUAUAGCUCCGCCAACUUCGGACCCAUUUGGACGACGUAUAAACUGCGAGACGGGCAGUCGGAGCUGUCGAGGCGCAUGUUCGACGACGCGGUGGCGCACGGACUGCAGUAUUCCCUCCAGACUCCGGUCUUUUCUAUCCAUGACAGUACCGGCUGUGUUGGGGUUAAGAGCACCAUUGGAAAUACUUAUCGAGCGCGUCGCGUUGUGUGCACGAUUCCGCUCAACGUGCUACAAACCGUUCAGUUCACCCCUUCCCUGUCUAUUAAGCGUCAGGAGGCUCUAGCGCUGGGCCAUGUUAACUUCAUGACCAAGAUCCAUGCAGUGGUGGAAGGGUCUGGGCUGGCAUCAUGGAAUGGGAUGCGAUACCCGAAUCUCCUCAUGUUCGGCUACGGGGACGGUGUCACCGAGAAUGGCAACGCGCAUAUUGUAGGCUUUGGCAAAGACGAGCGAGGCACGUAUGUACCGGAGCGGGAUCCGGCGAAGACAAUCGAUGCGUUUCAAAAGCUACACCCUAUGGACGUAAAGAAAAUGGUAUUCCAUAACUGGGCCACGGAUCCCUGGUCCCGAGGCGGUCCCGCUUGGUGGCGACCAGAGUACAUGACAAAGUAUCAGGAGGAGCUGCAAAGCCGCCAUGGCAAUGUUCUUUUUGCCUCUGCAGACUGGGCCCAUGGAUGGAGGGCGGCUAUUGAUGGAGCGCUGGAGCAGGGGUGUUUGGCGGCGCAGGAGGUCGUCGCUGAAGUCCACACGACGGGGAAAGGGCCUGCCAGGGCACGAUUCUAG